CCCCUGCAGUAGACCCGGGUAGAAGGCAGACCCCUGUGUGAGGUCCCUGCUGACUCUCCGCUCCCUCCGAUUCUUUGCCUGUGACCCUCCUCCUUGUCGACGAGGACGGUAAGGGACCUGCUGAUCUGGAAUGUGUGUGAUAUUUUAGGAUUCAGUGUUCGCCGAGGAUGUGGCCGUGGUCUUCAGCCAGGAGGAGUGGGCUCUGCUGGACCUUGCCCAGAAGAAGCUCUACAGGGAAGUGACGAUGGAGACCUUGAGGAACCUGGCCUCCGUGGUCUCGCAGAACCUGAACGAUGAAGGAAAGCUUCCCCGUGAGCAUAAAACGGUGCGAUUCACGAAGCGCAACACCAGGUCCUCCGUCACAGCAGAGAGCUCCCCCUCACCUGACAGCAGAGACCAGCAUCACAGCCCAGGGAGAUACUUGGGAAAUCACACAGUAGAGGACCUCCUGGGAAAUAAUGACGGCAAUCAGUAUUGGAAAACCCUGAGCUGGAUUCCACAUCUCAGUGAAACACAAAGAAGUGUUCCAGAAGGAAAGCCUUUUGACCACCGUGAGUCUGGAAGAGACUUGACGGAUCCCUCAUCCCGCAAUCGUUCUACUAGACCCCCCAGUGGAUGGAACACCUGCAGAGAUCAGGAAUGUGGAGAAGCCGGCCGUUACCAUUCUCACACGACCACUCUCAAAGGGAAAAACUCGCACAAAUGGGAGAAGGAUUUCCUUUGCCUCUCAGCCCUUAGGAACCCCGUGAGGGCACUCACUGAGGAGAAAUGCUUCAUCUGUAACGAGUGCGGACAGGAUUUCUGUACUUUCUCUUCCUUCUGGACACACAUGAGCGAUCAUAAGCGUAAUUGUAAAAGAUACUCUAAAACCCGUAGCCCUUUAUCCUUCAUUUUGCGCAAAAAAAUGCAUAAGAGAGAUAAACCGUAUGAGUGUAGAGAAUGUGGGAAAACCUUUACUUAUUUCUCGGCCCUCACUACACAUCAUAGGAUCCACACGUCAGAGAAACCUUACGAAUGCAAGGAAUGUGGGAAAGCUUUUACAUUCUCCUCUUCCCUCACCACACACAUACGCACCCACAGCGGAGAGAGGCCUUACGAGUGUAAGGAAUGCGGGAAAACCUUCAUCCAGGCUGCGCACCUCACGACACACAAGCGAACUCACAGUGGGGAGAGGCCGUAUGAAUGUCAGGAAUGUGGGAAAACCUUCAGACAGCCCUCAAACCUCACCACACAUAAGCGGACACACAGCGGAGAGAGGCCUUAUGAAUGUCAGGAAUGCGGGAAAGUGUUCAGUUACUCCUCCUCCCUCACUACACAUAAGAGGACUCACAGUGGGGGGAGGCCUUAUGUGUGUAAGCAGUGUGGGAAAGCCUUUGGUCAGGCUGCACACCUCACUUCCCAUUUAAAAUCUCAUAAUAGAAACAAGCUUUAUGAAUGUAAAGAAUGUGGCAAGGCCUUCGGCUUUUAUUCUGCCCUUACAGUGCACCGAAGAACUCACAUCAGAGAGCGGUCUUAUGAGUGUAAGCAGUGUGGGAAAAUUUUUAGUUAUUAUUCAGCUCUCAUUACACAUAAAAGAACUCACAGUAGAGACAGGCCUUGUGAAUGUAAAGAAUGUGGGAAAAUCUUCAGUCAGGCCUCAGCCCUCACUAAACAUAUAAUAACUCAUAGUGGGGAGAGGCCCUAUGAAUGCAGGGAAUGUGGGAAAACCUUCCGGCGUUCUUCAAACCUUACCAGACACACAAAGACCCACAGUGGAGAAAGGCCUUAUGAAUGUACAGAAUGUGGGAGAGCCUUCAGUCGUGCCUCAUCUCUAACGCAGCACAAAAGAACUCACAGUGGAGUCAGUCCUUACCAUUGUAAGCAGUGUGGGAAAUUCUUCAGCUCCUCUUCGGCCCUCACUAUGCACAAGAGAACUCACAGUGGAGAGAAACCCUUUAAGUGUAAGGAGUGUGGGGCAGCCUUCCGUUGUUUCUCAGGCCUCACUAGACAUAUGAGGACUCACAGUGGGGAGAGGCCUUAUAAGUGUAAGGAUUGUGGGAAAGGCUUCAGUCGCCCUUCAAUCCUCACCACACACAUAAGGACUCACAGUGGGGAGAGGCCUUACAAAUGUGAGCAAUGCGGAAAAGGCUUCAGUCAGGUAUAUUCCCUCACGACACACAUGCGAACUCACAGUGGAGAGAGGCCUUAUGAAUGUAAGGACUGUGGGAAAGGUUUUAGUCAGACCUCAAAGCUCACGAUACAUAGAAGAAUUCACAGUGGAGAGAGGCCUUAUGGAUGUAAGGAAUGUGGCAAGACUUUUAGACAAGCUGCACACCUCACUUCACAUAUAAGAACACACAGCGGAGAAGCACCCAGUCAAAAGUGGGAUAUUGCAUCCUUACUGAUAUAAUUGCAAAUAGAACGCUUCUGAAAUUCUUCUGUAAGGGGAUGAAGAAAAAUCCACAGAAGCCAGUAUCAACUGGCAACUAGUUUCAUUAGAAUCUACUUUGUGACCUUUGAAGAAAGGACAAUUUCAUUCUGUGAAACGUCCUCAGCAGUGUUACCUAUUUGUUGAGUCUAAGAUAAAUUUAAGCUUUCUUAAAGGCUUUGGCUAAUAAAAUAAAGCAGCCGGGGAAUGUGCUUAAAAAUAUUUUACGUGUUUAGAUGUCGUUAUUGCUAUUUACAUAUAGUUAAAUAGACAUCUUGUAUUUGAUGUGAUGGUGCUUUGUUUGAUUUCAUAUUUAACACACUUCUUAUUGUAAACUUAUUUUUUUUCUUUUUGUAAGUAGUAAGUUCAUUAUAGAGCAUUAAAUGAGCCUGUAAAUAUUUUGGUUCUUAUACUUUGAGUUAAUAAUUUUAAUGUCUUAUCAAGUAUUAACUAUUAUGAUAUUACUGUUUACCAAGUGAUAUUUCCUGUACUUCUUUGCUUAUUAAUUGUGACUAUGCUAGAAAUAACUAUUCCUUCCUUACCCUUUAAUAAGUUUUUUUAUCAUACUACAAGCAGUUCAUGAGUAAAGAACAAAUUCUGUUCCUAAGUUUUUCUUUAAGUCAAAUUUGUUUGUAUAUCCCUGUUAUGGAUUGAAUUGUGUCCCACAAAACUAUGUGUCGACUUGCCUGUGAUGUGAUACUAAUAUUACGUGGUUGUCCUCUACCUUGUAAUCUGAUGUAAUUAUCUUCCAUUUUGUGAUAUAUUGUAAAUUGUAGACUAUACUUGUCUUAACAUUAGUGAGUUGUUCGUUUUGUUAAUUAGGCAGGAUUAAGGUGUAUUAUAUAUUGUCUCCCCUCUUUCAUAGGGGUAUGACGCGAGUCAUGCCCUUACUUGAGUCACCCUUUAUCUUACAAGAAUGAAUAGGAGAGCGAAGCAGGGAGAGGUGGGGCUCUCAUCCCUGCAAAGAAAGAAGAGCCUGGGUGGAGCCAGAGCAUUGGACUGAGAGUAACUGAGCUGAGAACCUCCUAGACCCAGGAGCAGUGCGGUGUAACACUACCUUGAGAGGUAUAUGUUGAGUGGUUCUGAUCCUGAACUUUAGCCCAUUUUGACAAGACACAUGGAGUCUUCAAAGAAUGCUGGGCCCACACAAGCUGAGAGAAAGGCCCUUCCAUGGCACUGUCAAGGAUAGAAAUCUCUUAAAGGUGGAACCCUGAAUACAGAGUGAUAAAUUCCUAAACUAAUAAAUUGUGUUUACUAAA